AACUAACAUGCAGCCUCUCCGUGGGCAGUGAAGGGGGGGAGUACUAGCAAACAACUGAAAAGUGAAGAAGACAACAGAGGCGCUGGCAGGACAAUAACACCGAAGUCUGUUUUUUAAAUAUAUUUUUUAAUUCCUAUCAUGUAUUUUACUUGUUAAUAAUCGGAUGUUCGGCGGGGCUGCGUCUCGAUGCGCCGUUUUUACCGAGCAGCGGGGAGAUUUCCUCCUCAACUGGCAUAGAUGAGGACAGGCAGCCCCGCCUGGAGGGUGGGAAACAGGACUGUCGAGUUUGCUUUGAGUUAGCAAGCCGUCCGCUAAAAACAGAACGCAGCAGAAUGACAGAGGAUGCCAUCCUGCUGAGUGUUCCUGUCAUCCGGCAGCUCUACCACUGGGAUUGCGGCUUAGCCUGCUCCAGAAUGGUCCUGAAGUACCUCCACCCUCUGAGUGAUGAGGAGUUUCAGAGAGCAUGCUGGGAGCUGAAGCUGACAGAGAGCGUGUGGACCAUUGACCUGGCCUACCUCAUGAGCCAUUUAGGAAUCAAACACUGUUUUUACACACAGACGCUCGGAGUAGAUAAAGGCUUUAAGAACCAGUCCUUUUACAAAAAACAUUUUGACACAGAGGAAGACAGAGUGAACGAACUCUUCCUGAAAGCGGAGAGCAAAGGUGUGAUUGUCAGGAAGUGUUCGGUGACGGUUCAGCAGAUCCAGUCCCACCUGGAGCAGGGCCACGUCGCCAUAGUGCUGGUCAACGCCGUCAUCCUGACCUGUGAGCUGUGCUCCUCUCCUGUCAAGUACUGCUGCUUCCUGCCCGUGGGGCAGAAGUGUUUCUGCAGGAAGCCGGAGUACCAGGGUCACUUUGUGGUUUUAUGUGGGUUCAACAAGACAGCUGGCAGCAUCUUCUACAACAAUCCUGCUUAUUCUGACCGCGUGUGCUGCACCAGCGUCAGUAACUUCGAGGAGGCCCGGCAGAGCUACGGCACAGACGAGGAUAUCCUCUUCAUCUACAAGGAGAGUUGAUGGGCGGCGAAGAGGAGGAUGCUGCCGUCUGUUCCGUGUGCUGCAGGUCUGCACUCCAGUGGCUCAACAUCUCAUCCUUCAUUUGUAAAUAGACCGGACCUCUGAGCACGUCAGAACUGGAGCUCUUCCCAGUUAGUUUUUACUUUCUGGAUUUUAAAGACUUUGAUUCAGGGAGUUGACUUUUAAUCUGAUGUGUGGAAGCUGGAAUUAACAGGAAACAAUGUGCACAUAAUUUGGGGUGUCUGUUGAUAACAUGCAGUAUUGUGUGAUGAUGUGGAGCCUCCGCAGCAUCCAUGAAGAAGAGUCCACAAAAAACGGCCAACAGGUGUUCUGUGAGUCUCAGGUAACCAGUAAUAUAAAGUGUGACAUCCACCAAACAGCAGCGCUUCACCAGUGCAAUAAUCACAACGCUCAUGCUCGCCGUGUUUGUCCCGGCGCCGUGGUGACGAGCAGGAAAAUAGUGUUGGGCUGGUCCAGCUGUCGACAUGAGGUCAUUUCCUCUCCGUCUCAACUUUGUUUUUUUGGUUUUUAAAAAUGCUAAUGUCUGUGUUUUUUGCACUACAGUUUUCAUACAAAACACAAUAGUGUUAUUUAAAGAAAACGUGCUUUUCUAGGUCUAUACAACGUCAACUCCUUCUAGCUCUGCUUUCUGCUGGAAACAAACGGCACAUUUUAAACCUUUCUUUUUUAAAAUAAACAUAGAAGUAUAUUUGUUUUAUUGUGGAAUCAAAAGAUUUUGAAGACACGGUGAAUCUUUAGUUUCCUCUUAUGUGAAUAAUGAAGUCUUACUGUAUGUUACUCUGUUUAAUUAAGGGAAUAAACUAUGAAUGGGCUGUUUUUCCUAAAUCA